ACUCGCUGGCCUAUGUGGACUACAAGACGGCGCUGCAGGUGGACUGCUCCGUGCAGGCGGCGCACGAUGGAGUCAACAGGAUGACUAAAGCCCUGCUGGAAAAGGAUGGUGUGAACUGGCGUCAGAAGCUGCCACCAAUCCCCACAGUGCCUGUUUCUGCCCAGACGAGGUGGAGCGUUCCUUCUGCCCAGGCCUCUGGGGCAAACACUCCUCCUGCAGCUGCACCACGGGGAGAAGGAGACAACACUGCAGCUGGCAUGGAAAGAGCUAGAGUGCUUAAGGAAGAAGGAAAUGAAUUAGUGAAGAAAGGAAACCAUAAAAAAGCAGUAGAGAAGUACACUGAGAGUUUAAAGCUCAACAAGGAAUGUGCAACUUACACCAACAGAGCUCUCUGUUACCUGAGUCUGAAGCAAUACAAGGAAGCAGCACAGGACUGCACUGAAGCUCUCAAGUUGGAUCCUAAGAAUGUCAAGGCACUCUACAGGCGUGCUCAAGCACUUAAAGAGCUGAAGGAUUACAAAUCAAGUAUUGCUGACAUCAAGAGCUUGUUGAAAACUGAACCAAAGAACACAGCUGCACUGAGAUUACUGCAAGAACUGAACAGAGCCUAGGGUAACCAAGCAACCAGGAAAGCUUUCUUUUCCACUGCAGAGAAAAGCUUUUUCCUUCUGCUGUUGAUACAGGGACCAGUCAAUGCAGGAUUGGUGUUAAAUCUAUCUAUUUUCCAGUGCUGCUGAGAUCUGAGAGGUUCUGUACCAGCACAGUGAUUGCUAAGACAUAAUCUGUAUCAAACUCUAUUCAGCUGGCUCUGUGAUAUGCAUAGCUUUAGUGCCCCUCCCCAAGAGGCAUUUAGGUUCAUUUUCCUGGUUGAAGUCAACUUGCCUCUAACUAUAUUGGCCUCAGGGACUCUUUACAUGUUGGCUGAGAUGCACAGGAGUGGCUGUUCUGUCUGAAGAGCUACAAGCAGAGGGGUUUUAGUCCUUAUUCAGGUGACAGUUUUGCUGCAUUUGUGCUGCUAUUACUGAAAGAAAGUGGCUGCAAGAACUGCUGUAGUUGCCAGAGCACCACAUACCCUUCUUGUGGCAGGGGCACAGUUACUGCACAGGGCCAAGCUUGUUCCCUCUCGCCCCUGAUGCCUGCUGGCCCUCAGCUGGGUUCUGCUGCUUUGUGUGGCUGGGCAGAUGUUUACAGUAGCAGCUUUCUUGAAUUAUUCUGUACAUUUAAGAGAACAGCAGCAAGUUCAGCCUGCCUUGUUACACUGUGCACUAUUCUUUCAGAUUCUGGGUGCUUGGGAAUUUUGCAAAGGUUUUUUUUGUCUUGUGUUUUUUGUAAAGAUAAAAACAAAAACAAAAAAAAAAACCACUUUAGCUCCUCUGUGCCUUUUGGAGCAGUCGCUAUGGGGUGUUAGAGGGAGGAAAAUACACAGUAACACCCCAGCUGAGGUCUGGCUUACUACUUCAAUGCAUGUUUAAAUUUCUCCUGAUCUGAUAUUGAUGGCACUGAUUUUAAAUGGUAGAGAAAGAGAUACUUGGAGUUACUUGUGAACUGUUAAAACUUGUUCUCAUUAAAGCCAUGUUUAUUUUCACUCUA